AUGCCAGCGCCCUCCCUCCGGGCUCUUGGGGCGGGUCCGCUGCGCUCAGUAGCAGCGGCGGCAGCCCCGGGGCGGAGCGGCGGCGGCCUCCGGGCAGCACCGGGAAGCGGCAGCUCCGGGAGCCCGAGGCCCUGGGGAGAUCCCGCCGAGAUGGAGGGGACGAGUGCAGCCCGAGCCACCGGGGAAGGACUUCCUCCCCAGCUCAGUUCCCCGAAAGCCUGGAGGGGCCUGCUCCGAAAACCAGGGAGGUGGAAGAGGCCUAUGUCUUGGCCUGGCAGCGGCAGCCGGAGGCCCAGGCGGGCGCAGCGGGGGGGCAAACAGGAAGCGCGCUGCCUAGCGGAUCGACAGACAGGAGUCCGGACCAAUGAGCGCAGACGAUGGAGAGCGUGGCAGCAAAUAAGAACGGAGAAGAGGGGCGGGACUUCCUGGCGGGCUGUCACCCUCUUCCCCCCUUUUGGGCUGGAGGCUCCACCUUUUGUGUUUCCCGCACAGUCAAUCAAAAUAGGAAAAAAAAAAAAAAAACCCGGACCGCUCCGGCCGUGUCCGCCGCCGCUUCCCGCAUCCUCUCCCGUCGCUGCCGCCUUCGCUCCUCACCAUGUGUAA